UCACACUGAAGCCGUGUUGUCAGAAUGUUUUCAUAGUUUUUCGUCAAAGAAUGGGUAAAUUGAGAGAGAUCCCGGGUCUGAUGGCUGGCAGCUCUUCCACAGCUGCUUUUCCGGUGCUUUAGAGGACACUCACUUGCCUUUUUAAUUUUUUUUCCACAACUUUGUCUCGACUUCAGCUUCAGCAGAGCCUUUGAAACUGACUUUGAAAAAUGACUUCAAAUAAUAAAGAUGUGGACACCAUGCUGGACCUUCUGUUCAUCCAAGAAAAUGGGGAAGUUUACAGAAAUCCCACUGAAGUGCAAAUGAGUCAAAUCGUGCUCCCUUGCCAUGCCAACCACUGUGGGGAGCUGAGUGCUGGGCAGCUGCUGAAGUGGAUGGACUCUACUGCCUGUUUAUCUGCUGAACGACAUUCAGGUGUUUCCUGUGUCACUGCAUCAGUGGACGACAUCCACUUCGAACACACAAUAGGGGUCGGAAAAGUUGUGAACAUCAUUGCAAAGGUCAACAGGGCCUUCACAUCCAGCAUGGAGGUGGGCAUACUGGUGACCUGUGAAGACCUUUACACUGGCAGGCAGUGGAAAGUUUGUCACGCCUUUGCCACAUUUGUUGCCAGACGUACCGAAGCCGGGAAGGUACAGCUGAAACAGGUGAUUCCUCGUACACAAAUAGAGCAGAUGGAGUACAGUCUGGCGGCGGAGCGGAGGAGGAUGAGACUCAUCCACGCUGAGAUUAUCACAGACCUACUGAGCAGCAGCACCGCUCAACUGGGAGAAUGUCAGGAGUACGAAGACGCUGUGUCAGCUGAACGGACACGAGUUGAGAGUGUGGAGCUGGUACUGCCGCCCCAUGCUAACCAUCAAGUCAGCACUUUUGGAGGGCAGAUUAUGGCCUGGAUGGAGAAUGUGGCCACUAUUGCAGCAAGCCGCUUGUGUAACGCUCACCCAACGCUGAGGACAAUAGACAUGUUCCAUUUUCGUGGCCCAUCUCACAUUGGCGACCGACUGGUGCUGAAAGCCAUCGUCAACAAUGCUUUCAAGCACAGCAUGGAGGUGGGCGUAUGUGCUGAGGCCUACCAGGGUGGAGAACCUUUGCGCCAUAUAAAUAGUGCUUUUAUGACCUUUGAGGUGCUGGACAGUGACAGGAAGCCCCGCACACUGCCACGAAUUCGACCUGAGCCGGUGGAUGGAAAAAGGCGUUAUCAGGAAGCUAUUGCCAGGAAGAAGAUUCGCCUGGAUCGGAAAUAUAUUAUCUCCUGCAAGCAGACUGAAGUGCCUUUGUCUGUUCCAUGGGAUCCAAGUAACCAGAUGUAUCUGAGCUACAAUAAUGUGUCUGCUCUGAAACUAAUGGACACCAGAACCAACUGGGUACUGGCCUCUGAGAAAAAUAAGGUCAGAUUAUACACUCUGGAGGAAAACCACAUGCUGUUUUUCAAGGUGGAAAUGAACGUCAGUGUCCCGGCUGAGCAGACCUUCCACCUACUGUCAGACCUGAGAAGGCGAAAAGAGUGGGACCGGCAUUAUGAGGAGUGCGAGGUGAUCAACCAAGCCGACGAGGAUGACACUCUUUAUCGCGUAGCUACACCCUCAGUAACUAAAGGGGGCAAAGGGCAGGACUUUAUCUUGCUGGCAUCCAGAAGGAAGCCGUGCGAUGCGAGGGACCCGUACCUGAUCGCUCUGAGGUCUGUCACUUUGCCAACCCACCCACCCACUGAUGACUACUCCAGGGGAGAGGUGCUCUGUGCCGGCUUCUCAAUCUGGGAAGAGUCCAGUACUGUCACCAAGAUCACCUACUACAACCAGGCCACACCGGGAGUGCUCCCCUACAUUUCCACAGACAUUGUUGGCCUCUCUUCUGCCUUCUACAGCUCUUUCUCUGCCUGCAGCCAGUUCCUGGAGGCCAACAAGUACGGCUAGUAUGGAUUCUCCACCUCUUCACUACUUCCAGGGUCUCACUGCUGGACAUAAGAAGUCACAUGAGAGAAAGGAAUAGUGUCAUCAUCUCACUCUUUUUUGAUUUCUGUAAUUGGAGAUGUUGUUAUGCUAAAAGAGUCGUAGGUUAAUGUAAAUGUUCAAAUCUAAGAUUACAAAUUAACUGGUUUGAAGUGUUUUUUUUCAACUUGCUGUCUGCAGAAAGAUUCACGGUGUUGAAGCAAGACUGCACAAUGUUUGUGGCAUGCUCUCAGAUUGUUAGGUUUUUUUGUUUUGUUUUGUUUUUGUUUUUGUUAGAGCCAGUAUAUUAACGGAACACAUUUUAUAUACAGUAUUUUGGUAUGUAGAUUUGACCUUGUAAAUUAAUCAAUGCUUAUCUCUUGACAUGGUACCGCCAGUCACAUUAAAACCGGGAUGAAAUAUGUCUGAAGUUGGUGGUUUAGUUUCUAGUUUUUCUAAAUAACUCUUUUAGUCUAACCUGUUUGAUUAAACUUUGAUGUCAAAUGUUGCUGCUUUAUAAAUGUCAGGGCAUUGUUCUUAUAGAACUGUACAGAAUGUGUUGUAUGUUGACAAUGAAUGGCCAGGGAUUGCAAAUGAGGUGUUUUGAUUUUACUGAAACAAUAAACACAAUAGACUGGUGGA